CAAAAAACAAAAAAAAAAGAAAAACAAAACAAAACAAAAUCACCCCGCUCGUCUCGUGCGGCGGAGGCGCGCGCUCUCUCUCAUGGCGGCGUCCACACCCCUCACGCCGCUCCUCCACCGGCGACGAGCGAGCAUCGGUGGCCACCGGCGCGGCGGCGCGAGGGCGUUCGUCGUCGUCGUCGCUGCGGCGGCGGCGGGUGGGGGUGGCACGCCGGACGCCGAGCCUUCCCCCGCGGCGGCGGCGGCGGGGCAGGGGAAGAAGAAGACGGUAGACACGAGGAUCCACUGGUCGGACCCGGACGAAGGGUGGGUUGGCGGGAACGCCAAGAAGGGCGGCGGCGACGGCGGCGGCGGCCGGAAGAAGGAGCCGUUUGGAGCGAGGUUCGCCGACCUCAUCAACAACCCGUCGGAGUCACACUACCAAUUCCUGGGAGUGGAGGCGAAGGCGGACAUCGAGGAGAUAAAGGCGGCGUACCGGCGGCUGUCGAAGGAGUACCACCCGGACACGACGGCGCUGCCGCUGAAGGCGGCGUCGGAGAGGUUCAUCCGGCUGCGGGAGGCGUACAACGUGCUGAGCCGGGAGGAGAGCCGGCGGUUCUACGACUGGACGCUGGCGCAGGAGGCCGAGAGCCGCCGCCUGCAGCAGCUCCGGUCGCGCCUCGAGGACCCCUACGAGCAGGACAUCCAGAACUACCAGUCCGUCCCCGACAUGGUCGACCGCCUCGGCGGCAAGAACAUGAAGCUCAGCGACCAGGCCAUGACGGCCCUCACCAUCGACAUCGCCAUCAUCAUCUUCUGCGUCCUCUGCCUCAUCUACGCCGUCUUCUUCAAGGAGCAGUACUAACUAAUACUUCUAGACCACUACACCAAUAUGUUGCUAAACUUCUUUAUACCAGGAACAACACCUACAGGUUUCAGGUACAUAUAUUCUCCCUACUUAUUUAUCAUUUCUUAGAUGAUUUGUAAUGCGAAACAGGUGCUGCACUGCUGCAAGCUAGGAAUCACAAUCACAUUGGUAAAUAAAAUGUCUCGAUGUUCUAUA